ACAUACAGCCGCGAAAGCAGGUGGAGUGAUCGAGGUCAGGACAGGAGGUUUGAUUUGAGUACAGAUAUAAAGGCCUACAAUUGAACAACCAUGUUUGCCAGGAUCGGAUGGAGGAUUCUCCUAUUACGAAAGAAAAUAACAUUCUGCGUGUAUCAGAAUGCAUGCCACCGAUGGAAGCAUGGACUCGCAUCUUCACAAGAUACAUCACUCCAGUUCAUUUACAGAGUGUUCAGACGAGCAGGACUUGUAGGAUUGGGAGGAUUGUGUGCUCUUCCUGUUCACAAUGUAAAGGAGGAUGGUGUGAAAGGAUUGCCUAAAGUUAACCCUGAUGCUCUGACCAGUACUACCCUUAUCAAGAAUGCUGCGGCCAUGACGGUCGAUUCUGCUUCUGCACUUCUAACCCAGACGUUUGUAGCUGUCAUCGACAAGUACAAGGAACUUGCUAAGGAUAUUGAACUUCUGAUGGAUAGAGUUCAGAAGCAUCGGCAAGCUGAGAAGCUUGGCUACCAUUCUGAAGAACUGUGGGAAGAGGUCAUCGAGGCACGGGUCAACAUCGAUGAUCGCAGGCAUGAGCUACAGGACCUUGAAGCUAUUUUAAACAGUGCCCUCUUAACCCUGGAGGCAGCAUCCGAAGCAGCCUUCCAGGCCGGCAACGAGGAACUAGCCAUGAUGGGGCGAGACCGAUGCCAGUACGUCAACACGCAGAUCGCCCUGACUAGAGCCGUCAUCCAGAAAGCGGAGACUGCUCUGGUGAAACUGCAAGCGGAAACCAUCAAGGAGACCAAAACAGAGAAGGAGGAUGCUGCUGAAGGAGCAGGUUCCUGUAAAUAGUCGACAGAGUGCUUACAUCCAUGACAAGGAAGGGAACUCAGCAUAUGUCUCCCAUCAUAGCACUCACACAUUUCUGGGCUGCACGGUACAUGAGAUAAAGCAUCGGCAUUUGCAUGACUAAGACCUGC